CAGGCAAAUGGUACCUCCCCUGCUUCCCGGCAUCCACCGGGCGGGCCGCUAAGAUGGCGGGACGGUGGUUGCGGCACCGCGCCUGGCAGCAAGUGAUUCUAUUGAGCGGACGCUCCAGCUUACGGCUGCCCGGCGCGGGGAAGGGAGAGGGCAGCAGGCAUUGUUCAGGAAGUGCAUCACUUCAGAAGACUGAAGCUGACCCAGGAGUUACUGAAGAAGAAAUUGUUGUUCCAAGAAAGAAAACUUGGGAUAAACUAGCAGUUCUUCAAACACUUGCAUCUACAGUAAACAGGGAUCCUACAGCUGCACAUUAUAUGUUUCAAGAUGACCCCUACCUUAUCCCCAGACACUCUUUUGAGUCUCAUUUAUUUUCGUUGUCCAAGGAGUCUGGGAAAAAUGCUGCAAGAUAUAUUGUUAAUGAAUUUCCUCGAUUCUUUGAGAAGGACUUUGCAGAGCCUCAUAUACCGUGCCUGAUGCCAGAGAAUCUUGCACCUCAGAUUGAAGAAGUGAGUGAGGCAGCUCUUAAAGAACGUAUCCAGCUUAGAAGAGUAAAAGCUUCUGUGGACAUGUUUGAUCAGCUCCUGCAAGCAGGAACCCCUUUACCUCUGGAGACAUCAAACAGUCUUUUGGAUCUAUUAUGUUUCUAUGGAGACAGAGAACCUACUAGGGAAGACCAAUCUGAACAAAAGGAGGAGCUGGAAGAAUCAGAGGAGGAAGCUCCAGAUCAGAGGAAACGGAGGGGGCGUUCACGGAAGACCUCAGACUUCACUGGCCCUAAGUGGAGGGAGAACAACAAUGCCGAAAGGAUAUUUAAUCUAAUGCCAGAGAGAAAUGCACAUUCCUAUUGCACAAUGAUCAGAGGAAUGGUGAAGCAUGGGGCUGGCGUGAGGGCUCAUGAUAUGUACACAGACUUGCUGAAUGACAGGCACACCGCUGAUGUGUACACCUUCAAUGCCCUAAUUUUAGCAGUCCCAGAAGUGAAAGAAAAUUACACUGAAAGAUGGGAACUUGUUGAAGACUUGCUGAAGCACAUGGUUCAACAGAAGGUGCAACCAAAUCUGUUAACUUUUAAUGCUGUUUUGAAGACCCUGAGGAAAUGUGGUGGUAUGGGCAAGAGUCUCUCCCUAAAGAUACUGAGGGAAAUGAAAGCACUUAACAUAGAACCCAGCCUUGCAACAUUUGAACAUCUCCUUGGUAUAUUUUAUAAAACUGGCUCAAUGGAAAUCAUCUAUGAAGUGAUGGAUGAAAUUGAAGGAAAGACUUUUGUUGCUCAGGAUCCAGACGAUGCCAAUUUCUUUGCCAGUGUGAUGCGAAUAUGCCACAGUCUUAAGGAUGUUGAGCUCGCAUAUAGAUUACAUAAGGUACUGGAGACAGGAGACAACUGGAAACUUAUAGGAGAUGCACAGCAACAGUCUCUCUAUUGUGCAAGGUUCUUUACUCUGGUGUGUAUGAUGGAACAGCUCGAUGUCAUAUUGAAGUGGUAUAAAGAACUGGUCCCUUCGCUCUUCUACCCAAAUGCUCAAGUAAUGUGGGAUCUCCUUCAAGCAUUGGACACAGCCAACCAUUUGGAAAUGGUCCCUCAGUUUUGGAAAGAGAUCAAACAGCUUGGGCUUAGCAACAAACCCGACCUGUUGGAGGAGGUGUUGGCUCUGAUGGCCAGGGAGAUACACUCUCAGGAGACUCAGAUGUCAUUUGCCAACUGUGCUGCAGAUAUCAAAUCUAUUUUUGAAACUCGAGAGAGGAACCAGGUCCCCUUUGGGUGGACAGCGAGUGCUCUGGGUAACAUUGCCAUACUGUUCUCAAGGGUGGGGAGAAUCCAAGAAGCCUGGAACAUGCUGGAGCUUUUCAAAAGAACCAAUAGAGUCCCCAGCAACAAGGUGAUGAACGAGGUCUUGACCUGCACUAAACAAAGCAACACUCCACAUCAGGCGAUUGAGCUAGUGAAGUUGGCUGCUGCCUUCAGUCUACCUACAACUGCAAAGCUUGCAAGGAGGGUGAUAGAGGAGUUUGAACUGUCUGAAGAGCAGAAGAAGACUCUGGAAGAUGCUGAUCCCCAAAGCAGCGACAGCAGUGAUAGUGACGGUGAUCCCCAAAGCAGCGACAGCAGUGAUAGUGACGGUGACUAGGAGCCGUUUCGCUAGCUUUCCCUGUGAAACAAAGAAUGGGAGUAGUUUCUCACUACUAUCGCCUGCGUGGGCUACUUUGGAAAGCUGCACUCGAUUUCACCUCUCUCCUUCCAUUGGAUGUGACAGACCAAAGGAUGAUGACAGACCAAAGGAUGCUAGGAAUAAGAGCCUUGGACUGUUUUGCUUGCAGUGAUACCUCUCCUCCCACCGCUAUCCUCAAACCAGCUAGGAGAGAUGAUGGAAGCUCUUCCCUGUUGAAUGCUCCCCUAGUGACUUGUCCAGGGGUUAGAGAAGAGACAUAUGAUUAAGGACUAGACCACAUCUACAUGAGCCUUGCUGGGACAACUGUUGACUUAGUCUGUGAAUUUAAACAGCCUUAAUUACUGUUUCACUGUCUUACAUGAAACAUUCUUACCAGCCCUGUGCAAUCAGCCUGUUAAGUGUUGUAAGUUACUCUGCAGCACAAGGGAGCUGAUCUAUGAAGACUCCUCUAGGGGCUUGCUUAUGGUACCUCUCCCCUCUUGGGUUCAGGAAUGGGCUUGGGGGCCCAGAGGCCAGAGCUGUGACAGCUGCUCUACUGUGAGCCUCUAAGGCUCCAGCUACCCUGCAACUGGGGGAGGGGGGUGAGUCUCCCCUUAAAAUAUACAUGGCUGCUGUACUCAAUGAUGAUGCUUCUACUCUCCAGCAGAGGCCUACUCUGACCUUGUCUUUUAGCAUGCAGGGGUAGUGCUGCCUUGAGAAGCUUGAUCCUUCCCUUUAAAUUAUACCACUAGGAUUAUAUUGUCCCCCAUACACCCACACCAAAGGCUAGAGCUUAACCUCUGAGGCACCCCUGUGGGAAGAGGGAGUUUGUCAGUCUUUUAAUGGGCCUUCUCAGAUGAAUCUUUUCAUUGAGGAGGAUCACAGUUGGGUAGUAUGAAGAACCUCAAGGCACAAAUUAAUCAAUUCUUUUCAUUGGUAACCUCCUUUUGAUCACUUCCAUAGCUACCAGCAUAGUAAAGGUUAAGCUCAGCAGUACAUACUUCAUUCCUACACUAAAGCAGUUCCCAUAUAUCCACUACUGAGCAUGCAGUAGCAGAAAAGAGAAAAGGGGUUGAGUGCAGGAUUAAAAGUGAGGUGUAACAGUGCCAGCUAAAAGGGAGUAGGGGAAGAUGCGCCUCGUCUAAACACACUACUUACAAGGAAUGGGGAUAAGAGGAAAACUGGGCAGAUACAGGAGUCACUGCCAUGUUACACUUGGUUAGAUUAAGCAAAAUGAGGGCAGCUCUAUUCUUUCUUCCUGUUCCCCCACUGCCAUGUUUACAGCUAGACUAAACAAAAAAUAGUGCAAGGAACAAGCCUGUUGUUUCCAACUGUGUCUCAGCCACUGAAAGGAAUGGCUGGCCUUCACAUCCCUCAAACAUUAGAAUAGAGCUAGAGUGUUGCAGUAGUAGCUUGGAUUGCUACUGUAUUAUUCAGCCACUGCUCUUAGGUUCAUGUAAGUCAGUGUAACGGAUUUUCCUAUAGGAGGACUGCUGGGCUCACAAAAACCUUUCCAAAUGGUUGACGCUGACACUAAAUAGCAACUUUUGUUGGUGAGAAUUGAAAUGCCAGCGUGGGGAUGUGAAUUAAUUUUCAGAGUUGUAGAUAUCUGUUCUAGGUAAAUAUCCCACUUCUGUGUGCUUUGAUUUUAAAGCACUAGGCAAAGUUAACCAUACAGAAAUGUAUAAUAAAACAUGCCAGAAGUAAAGGGGAAAACUAGUUCAUAUGGAAUAAGGGUGAAUAAAGGCUUGAACAGGUCUACUUCACUAUCUUCCAGGUUGAAACUGAAAUAGAGAAAGUGGUGUAAAUCUGUUGUAUGUGUUGUAAAUAAAUAUAUGUAGUUUGGCAGGA